AUGAAUCCACUCGAACAUUGGGAAAUGAUGGCAAUUACAGUUGAGAACUUUCCAGUAUAUGAUCUUAGCAAAUGCCACAAAAUUAAUAGUACAUGGAAGUUUACGAAACACGAAGCUCGUGAGAAUGGCGUUGGCGUUACUCACUCAGGGCCAAUUGAGAAAAUCGCCAAUGUACUUGAAAACGAUUUAUACUUUAAUUCACCUACUGAAAAAAGUCAAGUCCAUCCAUACGAACUACCAGAAAAUGUUAGGCAUGGGCAUAUAAAUUAUUUAAAUUUUGAUGAUAUUGAUGAUAGGUUAUCACCUUGUAUUAAUUGUUUUGAGAGUUAUCAAGUCGACGAAUUUGAUCAAGGGCUAGCUGUAGAAGAAAUCAAUAAUGAAACCAUCGAGGAUGUUGAAGAUUCUAGAGAGAUUGUGGAGCAAGAUUGGAAUGAUUGGACAUUGGAGUCAGGCGUAUCUGUAAAAGAAAUGAUAAGGAAAGCUGCAAAAUUGAAUGGGCAUAAGUUAAGACUUGAAUGUUGGGGGAUAAUUAGAUGUGGAAAAAAGAUAGCAUGUCCUAAAUGGUGUGAAAAAUCUGACUACUUAGAAAUUCAAAGAUCUUGCAAAUCAAAAAAUUGUAAUUAG